ACCGAAACAACCAAAGCAUUUGUAAUUUAACAUCUUUUAAUAUAAAUUUGGCUUUGUCUGACAACAGCUGCUCCAAAGUUGCUCACUGUGAAGGGAGGAAAAAAAGUUCUUUGAAUGCUGAGCUGUCUUCUUGUUUUCCCCCACGCUGGGACCAAUUACUAAAGCUUGACCACACUUGACUACGGAAUCCAUAAACGACAGCCACCCUACGAGAUGAGGCUACUUUGCAUCUUGGUUUUAAUACUUUGCCUUUAUGGCCCACAAGAGGCAGAGGGCAAGAAGGAGAAUGGAAACAAGCAGCAGGACAAGAAGGGCAAAAUCAAAUCCAUCCCCAGCUCAGGAGAACUUAUAACCAAGGACAACCACAGGUGUACCUGGGAGACCUCUGGAGAAGGGGAAGUCAGCCUCCUGCUUAACUGUAUCGAGGAAGACAAGACCUACUGGUGCAGAUUCACUGGCCAGCCAGAGCUUUGCUCCAAUUACAACAGCAAGUCCAGCCUGUAUUGGAAGCAGGUGGUGGGGAAGGUUAAGAAGAAGAAGAAUGCCUGUGACGGGGACAGAGUCCUUAAAACACGUAUCUGUAAAAAGGGCCCAGCAGAGUCCCACAUGAAGCUCUCCGAAAAGAGUGGUCCAGCAGGGGAGGCUCCAGAAAAGGGUAAAGGGAAAGGCAGCAGAAAAAAGGACUCAGGCCCUGAGUCAAGCGACAAGAAGAAAGAGAAGAAACCCCAGGAACUGGAGAAGGAUGAUUUCGGGGAGGUGAAUGAUGGAAACUCAGAGUCUGAGGUGGAGCCAGUAGAAAACUACUGUGCCGAUAACUGGCAUUCAGUCUGUUCAUUUUUUGUAAAAUUCUUUGAUGGCUAAAACAAACCUGAACACUUAUACCAACUCUCCCAAUUGUGCUAUUUCUCUUUUCUUUGUCUUUGCUAAGUAAGAAAUAUUAUUAUUUUUUUUUUUAAAUAAUUACCAGAAUUAGAUGAUUUAUUUUUGUUCCGAAUAUUUCCUAAUCAGCUGAUAUAUUUACCUCAUGUGAAUUUUUAAUUAUUCUUUUGUUGUUUCUUCUCUCAGAAUUGUGCCUAACCUUGCUUGUUUGUAAAUAACUGAUAUUCAGAAUUGUUGUCUGUACCAAUAAACAUAAAUUUA